AUGGAGUACAUGAACUACACAUCAGUGACUGAGUUCAUCUUAUUAGGGCUUCCACAUCCUGAAGAGAUGAAGAUUCCAUUAUUUUCAAUAUUCUUGUGUAUUUAUAUAUCUACCCUUUUUGGAAAUGUCAUACUAAUUUUGGCCGUACAAAGCGAUCCCCGCCUUCACAAACCCAUGUACAUAUUUCUACUGAAUCUUUCUUUUUUAGACAUUUGUCUGUCUACUGUUACAUUGCCCAAACUGCUCAUAAAUUUUCUACAAAAGGACAAGACCAUCUCUUUUCGAGAUUGUAUCAUUCAGCUGUAUUUUUUCCAUUUCUUCGGAAGCACUGAGUGUUUUCUGUACACUGUCAUGGCUUAUGAUAGAUUUCUGGCCAUUUGUCGGCCACUCCAUUACCCAAGCCUCAUGAACCAGAAGCUGUGUGCGCAGUUCGCCGCUGGCAUAUGGCUGACCGGCUCAGUUCAUUCCAUGAUACACACUACGUUAACUUUCCGACUCCCAUUUUGUGGCCCCAAUAGGAUUGACUACUUUUUCUGUGAUGUUAUCCCAGUACUAAAACUUGCAUGUGCAGACACAACCAUCAACAAAGCAGUAAUCAUCACCAACAUCGGGGCUGUUGCUCUCAUCUGCUUCCUCUUGAUCUUGAUAUCUUACUUCCACAUCUUAAAAACAAUCCUGAACAUCCGAACCUCUGAAGGGCGUCGGAAAACCUUCUCUACUUGUGCAUCACACUUGGUUUCUGUCAUCUUCUUCUUUGGACCACCUGUGUUCAUUUAUAUUAGCCCUAACUCCAUAGACUAUUUAGCGGAAGAGGCUAUUGCUGUGUUCUAUACUUUAUUGACCCCAAUGUUAAAUCCUGUCAUUUAUUCUUUGAGAAACAAUGAGGUGAAGACAUCUCUAAAAAGAAUGAAAUGUCACACAGGAGAUAAAUGA